AUUGUGCAGGGCCAGUUCCCUUUAGGAACCCAUCCUUUCCAUUCCGCACAGAGAUUUUUUUCCCCCUCAAAGAAAACAGAUUAAGGCCAAAACGGUGACUUUAAUCAACAGCAAAAAUAUUUCAUUGCCUUCUGCAGCCACCAAGGAAUUAAUAAUUAAAUAUCUAAUAUUGUCUGCAGGACUUAUGGAGUUAUCCAAAUGUUGGCUGUUGAGCCUGUUUCCUCUUUACAAUAGAUGCUGUGAACAGUCCAGUUGUGUGCACAUGGCUAUUGAAGUUGGCCCCCAAAAGACCUGGACUAGGAUUUAAUAUGUGAGCCCCUCCCCACCUUGAAUUGAAGUGUUUUUCAAAUGACAGAAAAGUGCCAAAAUAGAGCCUUAAUGGAUCCUUCACCCAGCCCCUCUUACCUGCAUCGGCCCACUUCUGAGUCCCCUCUGUCCCUGUUUGGUUCCUGCAUAGGAACCAUGUCACAGUGAGUUAGACUGCUGAAGUUCUCAAUGUGUGCAGGUCCCCAGGACAAGAAUGCUAACAUUAGCACUGAAGCACUUUUUAUAUUCAAAUCAUAAUCUCCCUCUGUUAUGAAUUAGGCAUUGAGCCCAGGCUAAAUAUUGCAAUUUUGAAAUCAGUGUACAGGUUGAGAAAUGCUUAGGGUCAGAAAUGUUUUGAAAUUUGGAAUGUUUAAUAACAUUCAUCUUACAAGGUACCCAGGGGCUGGGACUCAGGUCCAAACAUUUGUGCUUAUACAUAUUUGCGUGUGUCUGCAUGAGCGUGUGUCUGCAUGAGCGUGUGCAGGGGCUUGAGGAGGCCAGAGAGGGUCAGCUCUCCUGGACCUGGAGUUAUGAGUGGUUUGUGAGCACCUCAGUCUGCUUGCUGAGACUCUAACCUGGGGCCUCUGCAAGAGCAGUGGAGGCUCCUCAGCCCAUGAGACCCAAACUAAGACCCAUCACUUGGAGUUGGGAGUGGAGUUUUAUACUUGUAGGGUGAUGUCUAUGCUUUGGCGCAUUUGGGGUUUAGAUGAGGAGGCUCAUCUACAUUGUGAGUAGCUGAAGGAAGGACAAACUUUGAUUAAAAAGAUAGUAAAGGACAGGUUGGCAGAAUUGGUCUUAUAAUACAUUUAGGAUAAGUGCUCUUUAAUUGUUCUUGGGAACGUGGGAGCUGACGCAGGUUUCAAGGUUGCAGAAGUGGGUGCAGGGCAGAGAAGUGCCUAAGACAAAUCCCAGGAACUCUGAAAGCAGUGUAUGGCGUCCUGGGGAGCAGCUGGGAAAUGAUGCUGGGAGGAAGGCCCAGGGUCUGGCCUUGGGUAGACACCAGGAGGCACUCGCUUCAAAGGAUACUCCUCAGUAGUGGCUUUACAAACGCUGCUUGAAAUUCACAUACCUAUAAAUAGUGCUGAGGUUGCUUUCUUUUGUACAGCGAAUAGAAUCGGUUCUUAAACAUUUAAAGGAAGUGCGUUGUUCUCUAGGUUGGGUCACAGUCUAGUGAAAUAUUAACACAUCUAGCAAAAUGUUAUCUCUCAUUCUUCCAGUCACCAUAGAAAUAAUUGUUAGCAAAGAUUUUCACAUGCGAACUAUGAGUGUGGCUGAAAGCUCUCUAACAAAUACGAAGUAAAAUUGACGCGUGAAUACGUAAAGGUAAGGACUUUAUCAAACCAGUGGCGCCUGUCAACCCUUAGCACAGGUGUCUCUCUGAAUGCCAGCGUUGACUCUGGUGGGGCAGGUGUGGGUUCAUGUGGGACAGACGACAUCACCCUUUCCUACUUAGGUGGACAGGUGUUCUGCUAUCUGUGAAAGGACACACCUUUCUUUUUUUUUUUUUAAUUAGGUAUUUUCUUCAUUUACAUUUCAAAUGCUAUCCCAAAAGUCCCUCAUACCCUCCCCCCACUCCCCUACCCACCCACUCCCACUUUUUGGCCCUGGCGUUACCCUAUACUGAGGCAGAUAAAGUUUGCAAGACCAAGGGGCCUCUCUUCCCAAUGAUGGCCGACUAGGCCAUCUUCUGCUACAUAUGCAGCUAGAGACAGGAGCUCCGGGGGUACUGGUUAGUUCACAUUGUUGUUCCACCUAUAGGGUUGCAGAUCCCUUCAGCUCCUUGGGUACUUUCUCUAGCUCCUACAUUGGGGGACCUGUGUUCCAUCCAGUAGCUGACUGUGAGCAUCCACUUCUGUGUUUGCCAGGUCCCGGCAUAGCCUCACUAGAGUCAGCUAUAUCAGGGUCCUGUCAGCAAAAUCUUGCUGGCAUAUGCAAUGGUGUCAGCGUUUGGAGGCUGAUUAUGGGAUGGACCCCCGGGUAUGGCAGUCUCUAGAUGGUCCAUCCUUUCGUCUCAGCUCCAAACUUUGUCUCUGUAACUCCUUCCAUGGGUGUUUUGUUCCCAAUUCUAAGAAGGGGCAAAGUGUCCACACUUCGGUCUUCGUUCUUCUUGAGUUGCAAUGACACGCCUCUCUUAGUUUCACAGUUAGACUGCAUAGGUCUGAAUGAGAUUCCAGGUCAAUGUUGCAGAAAUGUUUCAUUUCUAAGCACACUGUCCUCUCUGGAAACAGGGCAUUAGCAGCAGCAGCAGCCUGUCAGGAUGAGGAGUUCCCUGAGAUAAGACAGGUAGCAUGUGUGAGGGCCCCGUGGAGGCGUGGAUUCAGUUUUCCUUGUGACUUUCCGGUGCUGAGUUAUGGCUUCCUUUUGUCUCUUCUGAACCCUCACACCACUUUAAGAGUUCACUGAGUAGUGGAGGUGAAGAAGGCCAAGGCGGAGGUGGGGGUGCACGGGGUGAUUCGGGUGUUCAAAGACUACAUCUGUGAAUGGAGAACGCACAGCAAGUGUUGAGACUCCGGGUGAUACUUGGUCGCUAAAACAAUUUACGGAAGAUACUUGAGUUAGGUUAGUCAUUUGACGUUAGGAUACAGUCACAGGUUUUAAUUGAUUAAUUAAAAUUGAUUAAUCAACCUACUGCCAGAAAAAUAAUCCAACCCAGGGCUUUGUGGCACGUGUAGGUAGCCCUCUACUGGAACAUGGGCAAACUACACCACAGAAGAAAACUUGACUGUCCCUCUGCCAAUAACUAUACUGAGCUAGUGCAGGUCUCAGAAGCCUGUUCCUUCUCCAGGCUGGAGUGCUGACCAGUUUGAUCCUGUGCAGGUCUUAUGCUGGCGGCCAUGGUUCACGGAUGCAAUGGCCUCAUCAUGUCUAGGAGAGACUGUCUCUAAGGAAAGUUCCUGAUACCCGGUUUUUACGAUCUAUCUUUCUUUUCCAUGACACCUCCCCAGCUGUUGGUUACCCCAUGACAUUCAUGGCACUGUGGCACUAAUUGGCGUAUCUUUCCAGGGUGAUUGCUAUUACGGUUUUCAGGACUCACAGCUCGGUAAGAUUGUUGAUGCCUUUUCUCCCUCAGCAGCCUCCACGGCACCUUAAGGCACCGUGAAAACUAGCCAGCAGCAAAGAAACUUCCAGAUUAGUGCCAGCGUGAUUUACCCAAGUUCCGUACCCAACGUGUGGGCCUUACAAUCAUGCUCUAGUAGGUAACCAAGAGCACCUGCAAUAAACUGUAUUGUGUUGAGGGUUUCUGGGACCCCUAGCAACUCUGUAGGGUCUCCCCACACCUGCCCCUGGGUUUUUUGUUUGAUAAGGUAAGGCUUCUUGGAGGAGCACCAUCCCUCUGCAUAGGGUAAUUAGAUGAAUAUCAGUUGUAGGAUGGAUGAUAAGUCUGAGCUACAUAUACCUAAUGGAAUUUUAUUUAUCUGUAAGGAAAAAUGAAAUUGUGAACUUUGUAUGCAAACUGGUCAGUAUAACUUUACUAAUUACUAUUCUAGUUUAAUGUAUUUUUUAUAGUUUUACUAACCCAGACCCAGAAAAUAAACACAUUUUCUUUCUCAUAUGUCGAUCCUAGCUCUGAAUCUGUAGAUCAGGUUUAGCAUCGAGUACCUGUAGCAGCCAAGAGACUAGAACGAGGAACCCUUAGGAGAGGAGAAAGUGCAUCAGGGGGGAGGACAGACAGUAUGAUGUGGGGGUCAAGGGGGGGAGCUUAAGUGGGGAGGGGCAGGGAAGAGUACAACAGACACAAAGGAAGAGAGGUAACACUAAGGAUGUGUGGAAAAGUCACAUGGAAACCUACUCUGUUAUAAGCUUCUUGUUUGUUUGUUUGUUUUCGAGACAGAGUUUCUCUGUAUAGCCCUGGCUGUCCUAGAACUCACUUUGUAGACCAGGCUGGCCUCGAACUCAGAAAUCUGCCUGCCUCUGCCUCUGCCUCCCAAGUGCUGGGAUUAAAGGAGUCAGCCACCACCGCCCGGCUAUAAGCUUCUUAAUAUGUGUAUAUUUUUAAAAUGUACUUAUUUUGAUUUUAUGUGUGUGGCUCUUCUGCUUGCAUAUAUGUCCAUAUAUCACAUGCAUACAAUACAAGCAGAGACCAGAAGAGGGAAGUCAGAUUCCCUGGGGUUGUGGUGAUACACAGUUGUGAUCUGCCAUGUGGCAACUGGGCUCAAACUCGAGUCCUCUGUAAGAGCAGCCAGUGCUCUGAACCACGGAGCCACCUUUCCAGCACGCACUCACAUGCACGCAUGCACACACGUGCGCGUACACACACAUAUUUACAUUUUUUUAAAUUGGAGCUGUGUUCUAGUGGCCCAGCAUUCCUCGUGGCCUUCCACUGCCUGCCAGGAGAUUAUGAUGUCUUGGGGAUUCUGAUUCCAGAGGUGUGGAAUGAGGGGCUCCCCUUGUUAAGAAACAGCCACACCUUUCUGGUGCUGUGGUUGAGACUAUCAACAGAAUUAGAUUCUGUAGGAAAAUUGCCAUUUCUGUGACAAGGCCUUUAUGAACCAAGCGUUCCUACAAAGCCACAUCCAGCGCCGCCAUACUGAAGACUCUCACCUCGAGUAUAAUACAAAGGCCCAGACCGACAGGCUCCAGAAGGAGAUUGACAUGUUGAAGGAACAGCUGCAGCUCACUAGGUCUCAGCUGGAGUCUGCACAGCACUCUCAUGCAGUUCGCUUCUCUAAGGACUAUGAAAUGCAGAAAUCAAAAGAGGAAGACUUUCUGAAGCUGUUUGACAGAUGGAAAGAGGAGGAGAAGGAGAAGUUACUCGAGGAGAUGGAGAAGGUCAAGGGGAUGUUUAUGAGGGAAUUUAAAGAGUUAACUUCUAAGAACUCAGCAUUAGAAUAUCAGUUGUUAGAAAUACAGAAGUCUAACAUCCAGAUCAAGUCCAACAUAGGCACCUUAAGAGACGUUACUGAGCUGAGAGAAGACCAUCUUCCGUGUCCCCAGGACUUCCAGAACAUGCUACAGCUGCUUGACAGCCAGGCAAGCAAGUGGACAGAUCGAUUUCAAGUUCUCAACGAAGAACACAGCAAGGAAAAGGGGCAGCUCCUGUCCCACAUAGAGAAGCUUCGAAGCUCAAUGAUGAAGGAUUUAAGUGCAGAUAAUGUCUUCUACAAGAGGCGGGUAGAAGAGUUAGGCCAGAAACUGCAGGAGCAGAACGAGCUGAUUAUCAGUCAGAAGCAGCAGAUUAGAGAAUUUGCCAGUAAACCAUACAGCAGCAUCAGCGAGCUGAAAGGGACUCCUUUAACCCGACAAACACUGGAACCUAAAUCGGCUGCACCAACCACACCCAUGACUGCCUCGGCCACACAGAAUCUGGAUGGUGCAUCCAGCCUGACCAUGGUACAUGAGCAAGUGUUCUCUUCACACAUACUGGAACCAAUAGAAGAACUUUCUUCAGAGGAGGAAAAAGGUCGAGAAAAUGAGCAGAAAUUAAAUAAAAAGACGUCCUUAAGGAAACCGUCGAGCACCAGCCCAUCCCCCCAGGAGCUGAGGACUAACCUGGAGCGGGAGCUGGGGAAUAAACUAAGAAGCUUUGGGAUUGGCGCGAACAUCCAAGGUAUUCCGUGCGAGAUCUUGAAUAGAUCGCUUAAAGCCAUGCAAGUUGCCAGACAUGACCUAGCAAAACAAAUGCCUGACAUCCAGCAAAUCCGAGAAUCCCUCGAGCACCAGCUGAUCUGUAAGAUGGAGGAAAAAGUGUCACUCUCUUCAGACAGGCACCAUGUCCCUUCCAUGACCACCUUUCCACCCGAAGAAGUACCCAAGGCAACCCAGCUUCCCCACAAAAGCAGACCGUUGGUCAGACAGAGAACUGUGUUUACUGAUAAAGUGUCUGUCCCAAAACUUAAGAAAAAUACCAAAGAAAGUCAUUUUCUCAGAAGGUUUCCAUCCACCAAGACGCCUCCCUUCAGCUCGGAAGAGGAGCCAGAUGAAGAGGACCUCCUCCAUGCUUACCUCUCCCCAGACUCACUUGCCACCGCUGCCACACAGCCACCUAAAAGCAGCAUGAGUCACUUUGGAAAGAGCGCUGUCAAAAGUGACACGGACUGGACGGAGGGAAGUGAAAUGGAUGACUCGGACUUCUCUCCUAAGCUGACAGGAACCUCCAUUACGAUACAGACUGACACUGUUGAGACCAUGGCUUUACCCCAAGGAAGUGGGAAUAAAGCAGUGCCGGGAAUGAACCCUGCUGACACGGUUAUCAAAAAGGAAUCGUUGCAAGAGUUAAAGUGCACAGAUGCUGAUGACGAGGACUGGGAUAUAUCGUCCUUAGAGGAAGAGAAGUCUCUGGGGAGUAAAAUAGAGCAGAGGGAGCCGCCUCCGGCCAAGCGGGACCCCAGCUGCACCCAGGUGCAGAGGGCCUGGGGCCCAGUGAACCCUCGGGAAUUCAAGGAAGAAGGACUUCAUGAAAACGAACCGAGCACACUCAAGAGCAACUUAGUCACUGUGACUGACUGGAGCGAUGUCCUGGAUGUCUAAGCACGGCCUCGCACAUCGGAAGCCUGUGCCGAGGCCGCCAGCAUCAGUGCAGUCAACAGCCUAUAGGACUCUAAUGCUCUUAGUGUUUCCAACCAUAGCAAGGAAGCCGGUUCUGAACAAGGGUGUCUCUUAUGACACGUAACACAGUGCCGAGAACAAACUGUCAGCUGUCCACUGUGUAAAAACAACGUAUCCUUUAAGUCAUAAAAACUCUUUUCUUCAGUACAGAACUCUCUAGUGUUAAAUGUAUUUUUUUUCGACUAACUUUUAAGUCUUUUUUUUUUUUUGACUGAUAGCAGGCUUCAGUUUGAAUUACUAUAGCUCUUUAAAAUAUAUAUGUACUGUCCCAUUGGUAGUUCUUAUGUUAAAACAAUCCUGUCGUCUCUUCAAACUGAAUUAGCGAACUCAAUGAUCCCAUGAAUGGUAACAGUUAGCUAGGCCCAUGGUAAAUACAUUUCCUUAAAAGUCCCUUUGAUCCCACUGAGCUCUGAGGCCCUGUCAGCAUGCCGUUACUAACGAGUUCUUUUCUGCAGUGUAACCUUCAUCUUGGAUGUUUUAUGAAUAAUGUGCAGCUGUUGUAACUGCCAAUUGAUUCCUGUGAGAUGGUCACUAGAAAAAGAUGAGCCGUUAUUAAGUCACCCACAUGUCAUUUUCCUGUGUUCAGUCCCCAGCCCAUAGUAUAAAAUACCUCAGAACUAAUUUAUAUUCUUGAAUAAUGAUCUUGGCAAUGAUCAGAAAGUUUAUAUAGGAAUUGUUUGGGUUUUUUUUUUCUUUUUAAACUUUUUUCCUUUUUUAAAAAAAUAUUUUUUAUACUUUGUAGAACUAUUAGGACUAUCUCCAAAAACAAAAAAGGAACCUAUUAAUGGCUUGUUGAUUUGGGGUCUCCUGUCAUUCACCUACUGUACCAGUAAAGUCCUCCAUCACACACUGCGACUGUGGCUGCUUAUUAAGAAAACCGCUUGGCUAGCUUUAUAAGAGGGCAAAGCCCUGGCAUCUAACAAACCCUGACCUUGAAAUGUAUCUCUGUGACUAUUGUGGCUACCAUCUAGAAACCUAUGUGUGCCCAUUCCAAACCAUGAAAAAAAAAAUUCUCCCACCUCCCUGCGGGGAGCUGUUGUGUGCAAAUAGGCUCACUUUAUGUGUAAGCUUAUCUAAAAGCUUUAGGAAUCGAGAGUCAGGCCAUGAGUUGUGGGCAGAGAUCAACAGCCUUCCCAUCUCUCACAUCAACAGGUUUUUAUUGUCACUACGGGUUUGGGUAGAAAUCAAGAGUUGUGUUCCAGACUCUGUGUCUACCACAGGUCCCCACCCCCACCCCCAGCCCCCAGGACAGGUAAGGACCUGGCCAAACCCAACAUUUAAAUUCAGUUGGUGUUUGUAGGUCACAAAGCCCAGUCCUUUAACUUAUCCGUGUUUAGGGUUUCCCCUUCUUGUCCUCAUUCAGUUGUUUUAUUCCUUUUCCUUGACAGAGCUUAGGCGGCCCCUCCCUGACCACCAUGCCUUCACACCCCACUCUCUCUACAUUCUCAGUCUAGCUGCUGUCUUCACCAGCUCAUCUGAAGAAAAAAAUCAUUUUAAACGUGUGCCUACACAGCACUGUUCCCACGCUGGUCUGCGGUUCCUAACCUGUCUUUAUGGAAGCAAAAUAUAUGACACUGGAAAAUGUU